ACAUUUCAUUUACAAGAAACACCCCAAAUCCCAAAACAAUAUCCAUUUAGCCCCUUUUAUAUACAAGAAGAUCCUACGCUUUUUCAGAUCUCUCUCUCUCUCUCUCUACAGAUCCGAGAAAAAUCCAUGGAAAAUGGCGAAAUCGAGGGCAACGAGGAGGAGCUCUCCGCGCAGAGAGGACGGCAAUACCGGCCCGUCGUCGCACACGAUCGAGCCGUGCUUCAAAUAUCAUCCGCUGAUUCCUCUGGAUCUUCUUCUUCCCCUCCACGAUCACCGAUUCGCGACGGCUCGAUGAAAAAAAUCAGAGUGCCCUCGCAACCAGACAUGGCGGCCACUGCAAGAGAUGAUACACAUGAAGGAGGCAAUGGAUCCCAAAGGGAAUCAAAAUUGGAGUUAUUUGGUUUUGAUUCUCUUGUCAAUAUUUUGGGUCUUAAGAGUAUGACAGGGGAACAAAUUCCAACACCUUCUAGUCCUAGAGAUGGCGAGGAUGUUUCCAUCACUCUUGGACAACCCAAGCCAUCUGGUGUUAAACUCGGAACAAUGAUGGGUGUAUUUGUGCCAUGCUUGCAGAAUAUUUUGGGAAUUAUCUACUAUAUCCGAUUUUCUUGGAUUGUUGGUAUGGCGGGCAUAGGCGAGUCACUUGUGUUGGUUUCCUUUUGUGGCUUGUGCACAUUCUUAACUUCAAUUUCAUUAAGUGCGAUUGCAACUAAUGGUGCUAUGAAGGGUGGUGGGCCAUAUUAUCUCAUUGGGCGAGCCCUUGGUCCAGAGGUUGGUGUUAGUAUUGGCUUGUGCUUCUUCCUGGGGAAUGCUGUUGCUGGAUCUCUAUACGUCUUGGGAGCUGUAGAAACAUUCCUAGAUGCAGUUCCUGGGGCUGGUAUUUUUAAAGGGACUGCAGCAACUGUUAAUGCCACGGCAGGAGUUAAAGAAACCAUAUUCACUCCCAGUUUACAUGACCUGCAAAUUUAUGGGAUCGUUGUUACCAUCCUUCUAUGUUUUAUUGUAUUUGGUGGUGUGAAAAUUAUCAACAAGGUUGCACCUGCUUUCCUUAUCCCUGUCCUAUUUUCACUGUUUUGCAUAUUCAUUGGGAUCUUUGCAGCACCAAAGCAUAACGCUUCACCUGGAAUCACGGGGUUAAGAUUAAGUACAUUUAAAGAUAACUGGAGUUCAGACUACCAAUUUACUAACGAUGCGGGGAUACCAGACCCUGAAGGGUCAACUUACUGGAACUUCAAUGCAUUGGUAGGUCUCUUUUUUCCAGCUGUAACAGGAAUCAUGGCGGGUUCUAAUCGCUCUGCAUCUCUAAAAGACACUCAGCAUUCAAUACCCAUUGGAACAUUGGCUGCAACACUUGCAACCUCUGCUAUGUAUCUACUUUCUGUAUUACUAUUCGGAGCUCUGGCAACAAGAGAGGAACUUUUGACAGACAGGCUACUUACUGCUGCAGUGGCUUGGCCUGUUCCGGCAAUCAUUUACAUUGGGAUCAUCCUGUCCACUUUAGGUGCUGCACUUCAGAGUCUGACAGGGGCCCCACGCCUGCUCGCUGCUAUAGCCAAUGAUGAUAUCCUCCCCAUUCUGAAAUAUUUCAAGGUUGCAGACAGUUGUGAGCCUCACCUUGCGACUCUCUUUACGGCCUUCAUCUGCAUCAGCUGUGUUGUGAUAGGGAACCUGGAUUUGAUCUCACCGACCAUAACCAUGUUUUUCCUUUUGUGUUAUGCUGGCGUGAACUUAUCUUGUUUCCUUUUGGACCUUCUCGACGCUCCAAGCUGGCGACCUCGAUGGAAGUUUCACCACUGGAGCCUCUCACUUCUUGGAGCAUGUCUCUGUAUCGUGAUCAUGUUUCUGAUCUCAUGGUCGUUCACUGUGGUGUCUCUGGCCCUUGUGAGCCUUAUUUAUUAUUAUGUUAGCAUAAAGGGGAAGGCUGGGGAUUGGGGUGAUGGAUUCAAGAGCGCAUAUUUUCAACUGGCUCUGCGGAGUCUCCGAUCAUUGGGAGCCAACCAAGUGCACCCCAAAAACUGGUACCCGAUCCCACUCAUCUUCUGCCGUCCAUGGGGUAGGCUCCCGGAGAAUGUUCCAUGCCACCCCAAGCUUGCCGACUUUGCCAACUGCAUGAAGAAGAAGGGCCGAGGCAUGUCCAUCUUUGUCUCCAUCCUCGAUGGUGACUACCACGAGUGUGCUGAGGAUGCCAAGAUUGCCUGCCGCCAACUCAGCACCUACAUCGAUUACAAGCGCUGUGAGGGCGUCGCUGAAAUCAUCGUGGCCCCCUCCAUGUCGGAGGGCUUCCGUGGCAUUGUCCAGACCAUGGGCCUCGGCAACCUCAAGCCCAAUAUCGUUGUCAUGCGCUACCCUGAGAUCUGGCGCCGUGAGAACCUCACCCAGAUCCCCACCACCUUUGUCAGCAUCAUCAACGACUGCAUCAUCGCCAACAAGGCAGUUGUGAUUGUGAAGGGCCUCGACGAGUGGCCCGGUGAGUACCAGAAGCAGUAUGGCACGAUUGACCUCUAUUGGAUCGUGCGGGACGGGGGCCUCAUGCUCCUCUUGUCGCAGCUCCUGCUAACGAAGGCGAGCUUCGAGAGCUGCAAAAUCCAGGUCUUCUGCAUAGCUGAGGAGGACGUGGAGGCUGAGGAGCUGAAGGCAGACGUGAAGAAGUUCCUCUACGAUCUACGGAUGCAGGCUGAGGUGAUUGUUGUGACCAUGAAGUCAUGGGAGGUGCAUGUUGACAGUGCGCCCCAGCAGGACGACUCUCUGGAGGCAUUCACCGGUGCGCAAAGGCGGAUUGCUGCCUACCUCGGGGAGAUGAAGGAGGCAGCUGCGAGGGUGGGCGGGCCGUUGAUGGCGGAUGGGAAACCAGUGGUUGUGAACGAGCAGCAGGUGGACAAGUUCCUGUACACAACACUGAAGCUGAACUCAACGAUCCUGAGAUACUCGCGGAUGGCAGCGGUGGUGCUCAUCAGCCUCCCACCGCCCCCGCUCAACCACCCAUCCUACUUCUACAUGGAAUACAUUGAUCUGUUGGUCGAGAAUGUCCCGAGGCUCUUGAUGGUCAGAGGUUAUCGUCGAGACGUCGUGACCCUGUUCACAUAGUGUGGCCCAUCGAUUCCCGUGUUUUUCGGGCGUCAAUGUAUGAGUCUAGUUUUUUUUUUUUUUUGUUAAAGUAGUCCACAAAUUAAAUUCAUUCUUUCUACUCUUGUUAUUCAGGAAUUUUUUAUUUGAUUUGAUUUUAUUGGCUA